AUGCCGUACUACGUUCACCUUCAAGAGCACGUAGUCGACGGGAUGCUGGAACCCAUCAUGCGAAAGUACUAUCUGGUGACUGCUGCAAAUGCCGCUGCGGCCGAGGAAUUUUUUGUCGGACUGCAAAAAUAUGCGCAGACACCGAACACGCGGAUGUAUAGUGCUAAGGCGGUGACCCUGGAGUGGUGGAACUGUAAAGUCAGUUCAGCCGGUACCAUCCGGUGGAUCUACAACGAAAUGAUUGCCGAAAGGCCUGAAAGUUACAACAGUGUGCAAGAAUUGACCGACUGCUGUGAUACAAUCCUUCUCUGCGAUUUGCAAGCAGUGAAUUGGCGAAUUCUUCCAGUCAAUCAGGAAACUUUAUAA